AUAUCUGAAACGCUCAUUUGAAUUUUCUUUUUUACCGAGGAACUUUAGAAGAAAUUUAAAUCUAAUUUGGAUAUAUAUUUUGUUUUAAAUUUACGAAAUACUCGUGAGGACAAAUGGGUCAAUUGAAACAGUAUGUUGCUGGCUUAUCAGCGGCUUUCGGUGCCUUCUGUUUGGGAGCAGCGAUCGGUUGGUCUGGCCCAAUGGAAAAGCCUGUGACCGAUGGCAAAGCUUAUUGCUUUUCGGUGUCACGUGACGAUUGGGGUUGGAUAACCUCAUUGCUUACCUUAGGAGCAGCCUGCAUGUGCAUUCCCAUUGGUAUAUUGAUUGGUCUCUUCGGGCGCAAGCUGGUAAUGCUGGUGUUGGUGUUCCCCUUUCUGAUCGGGUGGUGCUGCAUCAUAUGGGCAAGCAGUGUGUACGUGAUGUUCGUUGGACGCUUCAUCAUUGGUGCUUGUGGUGGCGCCUUCUGUGUGACCGCUCCCAUGUAUACCACAGAGAUUGCCGAGGUUGCCAUUCGCGGCAUUAUGGGAUGCUUCUUUCAGCUAUGGAUUGUGCAUGGGAUUCUCUAUGGAUUUGGUGUUGGUGCCUUGUGCAAGCCGAAGACCGUGAACAUAUUGUGCGGCAUUUUGCCCAUAGUAUUUUUCAUUAUUUUCGUUUGGAUGCCAGAGUCCCCCGUCUACCUGGUGCAGAAAGAGAAAACUGAAAGGGCAGACAAGGCGAUGAGGUGGCUGCGUGGCAAGGAUGCUGACUUCAGUGCGGACAUGAAUGCCAUGGUGGCCGAGUCGAAGAAGGAGAAACCCAAAGUUCUCGAGGGAAUGAUGCGCAAGGCCUCGGUUAUGGGAAUGUGCAUCUCCAUAACGCUGAUGUUCCUGCAACAAUUUACGGGCAUCAAUGCGAUCAUCUUCUAUGCCACAAGCAUAUUCCAAGACGCCGGAACCGGACUCUCCCCCGACUGGUGCACUGUGAUCCUUGGCAUCGCCCAGGUCAUUGCCACCAUCCUGGCAAUAUUAUCCAUUGAGAAAGCGGGUCGCAAACUCCUUCUGCUGUUGUCGGCGGCUGUGAUGGGCAUCACAACUCUCGUGAUGGCAAUCUUCUUCCAAUGGCUAAAGGACUCCGAUGUCGGUUGGCUGCCUGUGCUGGCUACGUGUUUAUUCAUUGUUGGAUUCUCCAUUGGAUUUGGUCCCGUGCCAUGGUUAAUAAUGGCCGAAUUGUUUGCCGAGGAUGUGAAGCCGGUUUGUGGCGCCAUUGCGGGCACAUGCAAUUGGCUGUUUGCCUUCUGUGUUACCAAGUGCUUUCCCCUUUGCCUGGAUGCCUUUGGAGCUGCAGCGACGUUCUGUGCCUUUGCUGUGAUCUCGUUUUUAGCUUGCGUGUUCAUUUUCUUUCUUGUGCCAGAGACUAAGGGCAAGACUUUGAAUGAAAUUCAAGAGAAACUUGGCUCCUAAUGUUUGUGCCAGAGACUAAGGGCAAGACUUUGAAUGAAAUUCAGGAGAAACUUGGCUCCUAAUGUUUAUGAACUAUUCAAGACAAAUUUAGAGCUUAAUUUUACGGCAUUCGUUUGCGAACUAUCCCGAUUUGACGAAGAGCAAGAUGUUCAAUGAAAUUCGGGAGAAUCUUACCGGGUAUUUUUGGGAACUAAAAUGUGACGUAGGAUAUGUUUAGAUAUGUUAUCAUUAUCGACAAGAUAAAGUUGGAUCUUUUAUCAUUCUUAGAUUAGAAGUAAUAGGGUGGAUAGACAUACAAAGAAAAUUCAAGGCAAACUUUGCGCCUAUUUUUGAAUCUAAAUUUUAAAAUGCUAUUAUGUAUAAAUUUAGAUAUUAUUCUUAUUAAAUUAUAAGUAACAU